AUAAACAAUGAGCAAUACUGGAAACGCUGCUUCAGAUUCAAUAAUCUGGUUUUUAUAGGACCAAAUACGGUACAAAGGCUUGUAGCAUGCGCCGAGGGAGAAGACGCUACCUUGAUUUGUUUAUGGUUGCCAUGCAAACGUAGUCACGGUACUGGUCAGUUUCUGAUAGUCAUUUAAUAUCGGAAUCAUUCUACUGAAAAUAUUAUACAAGGGAUAUCUAGGAAGAGCAAUACGAUUUUAGCAAAAACCAUGAAGCGCUCCUCGUAUUAUGAUCAAAGCAAUGAUUCGAGAGACCCAUAUCAGUCGAGUGAAAGCGAGGACUAUCCCCAGCCUAACUUUCGGGGUGGAAACAGAAUGUCGGUCUCCAAACCCCACCAAAAGAGGAUUCGUCAACAGGACGGACACCAGGAAUACCGAUAUGAACGCUAUGAGAGCUAUCCACCGAGUCUCCUGGACCGCGAACAGCACACCAAAGCCAUCAGAGUCAAAUUCUUUAAAAACCGAGAUGCAUUGCAUAAGGGCGUCGUUUUGUCCAUCAGCGAAAAGAUGUUUCCUUCUCUUGACAGCCUGAUGAACCAUCUCAAUAGCAAGAUAGAUACUCCACAGGGCGUGAUGUACAUCUUCAGACUGGAAGAUGGAAAGUUAAUCGAAAGCGUCAAGGAUUUUCAACCCGGGGACGAGUGUGUCGUGUCGAGCACUCUCAGGGUUGAUAGAAACAUACAAUAUGGCCAGAUUUCUGGUCCUCCUUCUCCCAUCAAGCGUGGAGCCCCAAUGCAACGUAGUCAGGGACCCUCCAGAGAACACAUCCUCAAAGGAAGUACCAGUCAACAGAAGGGUGGAGUAAACAGAUCCCCAAUCCAGGCUAAGAGCAGACCGCUGACAUUCACCAUUAUCAACAACACAAUGAGAUCCAUACAAGACAAAAUGAUCAUCAACCCUCAGACGGAGCAAUCCUUUGAACAGAUGCUGGCGGAUAUGGGAGAAGUUGUGAAUAUGACUGAUAACCCCCCAACAGGCCUUUUCUGCGCCGUACCACCGUACAACAAGAUAGAAAGCUUUUCAAACCUUCGACACGAAUUACUUGUUAAAAAGGUAGAAAGCUUUCUAGUGAUUGGAGGCGAGGGGCUCCCAAAAGAAGUCCGUCAAAAGAAAGCGCCAGUUCGUGAACCAACCCCACCGCCCGACGAUGACAUGGAUUAUUAUGAAGAACCUUACCAGCAGACGUACAGAGAACCAUCACCACCCCGACAGAAAGCGCGAGGAAAAUGGAAACCUGCUAAGGAAAGCCCAAGAAAACAGAAAAACACCAAACCAGCUCAGAAUGGCCACGACGCACAACAAAACGGCUUUGCAGACGACAGAUCAAAACCUCCCAAUCGCGGCAAUUCAACUCAAAGAGGCAAUAACAGAACUACAGCACAGCCUCAAAAGAUGAACAGCAGUAGAGAAGAACACGUGACUACUAACAUAUCUCAAGAUUCCAGAAGAUCCUUCGACUCAAACGCAUCCAAACCAUCACGUGAUUCACGAGAGAGCGUAAAUCGCCGUGAACAGGGACCUCUUACAAACAGGGGACAACGUGGCGAUCAUCGACAGAACAGCAAUAAACCCCCUGGAAAGACCCAGCCGGUACGUCAUCCACAAAAUCGUCGGAGUUUCGAGGAAGACAGAGACAUGGAGGUUGAUGAAGGUGAGGAAGAAAUGCAACAUAACGGCUAUCACGAUGAGGUCGAUAACCAGGACGAUGUAAACGAUGAUGGAAGAGAUACCGAGGACGAAUAUGACGAUGAUCCACCAGCGCAGCGACCCGCGAGGAAAGGGCCUCGGAUGGAAACUCCAGAAUGCUAAUGAACUUUCGUUAUCAAAACUGUUAGGGUGCUUUAAUACUAAAUCAAAGACCAGGAAUAGUGUUGUACAUAAAUACAUCCUGUGCGGAGCAGAUAUCGUCACAGAAAUGACAGUGACCUGUGAUAUUAUUGAAUUUAUUGGUGUAGUCUGUGGAUUUUCAUUGUUAUUUUAGUUUUACAUGUUGGAUAUCCAGUGAUGUGCUAUCUUCCUCAUCAGAAAAAUUCAGUGUAUUUUAAAAGAAUUGUCUGAUAUACAACAAGCCUCCUCGCACCGACAUAUUGAAUAGAGCACGUUAGCGCUCCAUGAAAUAUAUGCCAUUGUGUAGAAGCUCGAGGUAUAUAUCAGAAACUGAAAGACAUUCACAUUGACAUAUUAAUUGUACUAUAAUGAAAAACCAGCCUACAUGUGGACUUGGGUCAAGUGUAUUCAUUACCUUUUUAAAGAAGUUGAAAGUUUAUGUAAUAUUCAAGAAUAUUUUCGUUGUCGUAAUCUCCUAAGGGAGGAAAGAAAGUAUGAAUAAAUGGAUGAACUCUUAUCCGAUGCUAACUUUUAUUGUAAUAAGUAGGGGCGAAUUUAUUGAAGAUUCCCUGUUAUAACUUGCAAAUAAACAUAUGGUUUAUAAUUUUGUUAUCGGUAAUUUCGCAAGUAUUAUGUAUAACUGACAUAAUUAUAAUAAAAAGGUUAUUGUUAUAC